AUGGGUCAAGACAGCUCACGUAUCUCAUACCCAACUCGUGAUAAUACACCACCUUUGUCACCAACCCACCCAGCCGCCAAUAUCACUCGUGAGAUGGCACAAAAUAAUAACCGCUUGCCGCCUUACGAGCGCCAGGCACGUCAAGGCACAAGAGCUCCUUCAUCUAGAAUAAAUAGCCCUCUCGAUACGACGACGAUUGAUCGAUCUAAUGCCUUGGAUCGGCAAGAAUUCCGAAUGGCGGAACGCAGAACAGCCCGUUCAGAGUCAAGAAAGCGCUGGCGGGGCGAAGCCCGGGACCUUCCUUCUGAGGAAGAACGACAAGCCCGAAGGGCUAGAAUUGGUUCUUAUCGCUACUAUCAUCAAGGCGGACCAGGUCGUGUCACCACCGUUUACACUUUCCAAGAUGCAUUAAAUAAUUGGCGUGCUCGUCGAGGUCCCAUGACGCCCAUACGUGGUCGCCGGUCUCGAUACCUUUCUGAAGAUUCUGAUGCCGAUUCUGAAGAAAGUGAUGGUGAUCGCCACAGAGGGGUCAGACGCAGAGGUGAAGAGCGAAAUCCAUCCGGCAACGUCAGAGCUGCUGCUUCUCGACCUGGAACGUCACACCGCUUCCCGAAUCAUUCCAGGAGAAUGAACUCACAAUCUCAGAUUGCUCGUGAGGAUGGGAGUCAGAGUUUAGACAUCACAAAUGCUGUCGAGGACCAUAACUCAGAACCUGCAUCAUUACCAGCUCCAGAUGAGUUGUCAGCGGCUGAGGCAUCACCCAACCAAGAUCACUAG